CCGGACGACUGACGCUGUAGCACGCCGGCAAACCUGAAAACACAACUCAAGGCAUGUCGUGACAGUGACGGUGUGAGAGCAGCGGUGUGUCCUGAAUAUAAGGUCCUGACAUUAGCCUGUGGUUAAUGAGACAGUAGCCUGGAGACACUUUUAGUCAUUAAAAAUGUCGGAGGCGUCAAACAGAGCAGAGAAACCUCCCAACUGGAUCUUUCUGCAUCCAACAUAUCAGCAAAUGAAGAGUCUGGAGGUAGAGGACAGUGCACAAGUACAUGCCGCUUUCCUCGUGUACAUGGAUCUUGCCGAGGUGCGUCAGUGGAAGGAGGUGUCUUGUGUCAAGAGUCCUGAGCUGCAGGUGGUUUUGCUGGAAGGGAGGGAGAAGGAAGGAGCGCCCGUCCAGACAAUUCUUCCCCUGCCAACUCACCGACCGCUGAGCCACAAAAGCAUACGUCACGUGCUGGACAGAGGCUUCCCUAUGCUGCUGUGCGCUGUGGCUUCUGACUCCACCCUGGUUUACCAGAGGAUGACUGAUGGGUUGGUGACACCAGACCCUCCUGCUGGCCCCUUCAAGGAUUUGGGACGCAAGCAGCACCGCAAGAGGCGGCAGAAGCAUUGAGAAGGGUUCAGCUGCAGAGCUCCAGGCUCAGGCCCACCUGCUCCGCUGGACCCUUUCAGGUCCCGAGCCUGUAGAAGGAAGUGACGUCUGAAACGUGUACAGCAGAGACGAUCAUCAGGAUACGAUAGCAUGCGUUCAUAUCUCCACGGUAAACAAUACAACCUUAAUAUUUUGAUGUACUAUAACGUUAAGGUUAUUACAAGUUAUUUUCUGCCUAAAUUUAUGUUACCUAACUUUAUCAUUUACAAUUGUAUCGAAAUAUUAAGGUUGUAUUGUUUACCUUGGUGUUAUUGGUGGAGGUCAGGUGGCAUGAGCGUGAUGCAUUGUAUUACAUAUACGCUGAGUAGGCUACACAAUAUAAUACAGUGGCACGUAAACGUUAAUUAUUGAUUAGGAAGCGCGAUGAAACAUGAUUUUCCACCAUGCUUCCCGGAGCUGCGUCCGAGGCUGGAGCUCUGCAGCUGGACGCUUUCGGAAGCUUUGAGCAGCUGCAGUGAGACGACGCCGUCUGUGUAAGCUGCUCUUACAACUAAAAGUCAAAGGUGUACUGAGAACAUGGCAGCAGGUGCAAAUGGACAGAAGUGCUCUCAGUAAGAAACCAUUUACUACAUCCAACCAGGGAUUUAAAACACUGAAGAACGCCGGUCUGUUCCCUCAAACCUGCCAUUUCUGUGAGAUUUGUUGGCUGGGUGUUCCCUAAAUGCAAUGAGAGAUAUUAAUACCAUUUGUUAACGCAGUAAUAGAGUAUUAAUCUGAAUCAUUCCACAAGCUACAAUGAGUAUAUUGUUGACAAAAUGAUUCAUCCGGCAAGUUGUUCAAUAUGUUCAGCUGUGGAGAUAAGCUCCUGAAAACACUUUUUAUUUUUUUAGAAAAACAAAAAUUCAACAUAAAAACUGAACACAACAACAUAAUACUCGUGAGCAAAAUACAUAAUCAGACUUCUAUGUGACGUAGCAGUGUCCACCCUGGAGGCUUAACAUGGGACAGAUGCUGAAGCAGGGGACAUCAAUAACCCUGCUGCGUGAGUGCAUGAGUCGUCUUCAUGGUGCAACAGUGUCUUUAUGAGAGCAACGACUUGACUACAUGAGACAAAGAUUACAACACUUCAACCCUGAGCCUUAUUCAACAUAAAUACUCUACAUCAUAGCAGAAACAGACAUGAACAGACAAACUACAGGAGUGUCAGGACCAGGCAUGUAGAACAUUUGGGAAGAAGAUUUUAGAUUUCUUUUGCUUUUCAAGAAUAAAGUCGCAAAUGUUGAAUUGUUGAGAAUAAACGUCGACCUUUUUGAGAACAAAUCAAACUACUAGCGUAAGUGCACAUAGUGACAGUUCAACUUUAUUCUCGACAUUCAAAGUAAAUAAAAUCUUCCUCAUUUGUUCCGCUCGUGCGGCCCUAAUACUCUUCCGUAGAUACACACUGUACUGGCCGACGUACUGUAGAAAAGAGGUUCAUACUGUGUCUUGGAAUGCAGGAAGUUUCCAACCUGUUGACUUUCCAGGGAGGCAUUCAAGGAUGAAAUAUUAAAUGAUGCAGAUAAACAUUAUUUUCACCGAGUGUCCACGAGAGCCCUGGCUGCUUCUGCUGUUGGAAAUGUGCAACAGUCUGAAUGUUUCAAAUGUCUAUAAGAAGUCUCGGUGACGGCCAUGAGAUCAACAUCUUCCAGGAUUUAUCAAAGAAGGAAAAAGAAAAGCAUGUGUACCUGCCAUGGCUUCAUUAAGUAAUUAAAAUGAAAUGUUCUGUUGGAGAACCUUGAACGCUUAAAGACACAAAACCAUCUUUGAUUUUGGCGCUCCUUUCUCUCUUGGUUGACAUAUGAGCAGGAACUAAGGUUGUGAGCAGGAGGGCAGAAAGGUGCUUCAUUCAAGUCAGUAAUCCAUUUUACUCAGGUGUGUAUAUACAAGGGACAGUCCCCCCCCCCCCCACGUGGUAGCACAUGGUACGGUCCGUCUGUAACACUCUUCACAUUGGACCGAUGGAGACGAGCACAGUGCUAUGUCAUGCGUUCCUCCUCUGAGCAGUAGUCCUGGCCCUGUGAACACAAGAGAGAUGAUAGUGUGUGUUACAUUGUUAGUCUUAUUUCAUGGUAUGUAUUUCAUAUUCAUAAAAAGGCCUUUACACACCUGACGAAUAAACGACACGAGAAUGCAAGAUAAUCGCCUGCCAAUAUGUCUGAGGCUAUUAUUGUGAAAGGUCAGCGCUGCCUUUGUCAAGGUAGAAAGAGUAAUAAAAGUUGCCUUCUUGGAUCGGACUA